UAUCUGCCUAUAUAUUUUAUACAACCACUUCCACAUUCUCAUUCUCUUGAGCCAAAUCUUCACAACAAAGAUAUGGACACAUUCCUAUUCACUUCAGAAUCGGUUAACGAAGGUCAUCCAGAUAAACUCUGCGACCAAGUCUCGGACGCCGUCCUCGAUGCUUGUCUUGAGCAAGACCCCGAAAGCAAGGUCGCAUGUGAGACCUGCACCAAAACCAACAUGGUCAUGGUGUUUGGUGAAAUCACAACCAAAGCCACAGUUGACUAUGAGAAGAUAGUUCGAACCACUUGUAGAGGCAUUGGUUUCACGUCACCUGAUGUGGGUCUUGACGCAGAUAACUGCAAGGUACUAGUUAACAUCGAACAACAAAGCCCCGACAUAGCUCAAGGUGUCCAUGGCCAUCUCUCGAAAAAACCUGAGGAAAUUGGAGCAGGGGAUCAAGGACACAUGUUUGGUUACGCCACAGACGAAACCCCUGAACUAAUGCCAUUAACACACGUCCUCGCAACCCAACUCGGUGCCAAGCUAACCGAAGUAAGGAAGAACAAGACAUGCCCAUGGCUAAGACCCGACGGGAAAACACAAGUCACGGUUGAGUAUAAAAACGACGGUGGAGCCAUGGUUCCUAUUAGGGUACACACCAUUCUCAUCUCGACCCAACACGAUGAAACCGUCACCAAUGAACAAAUCGCAAAGGACUUGAAAGAACACGUGAUCAAACCUGUCGUCCCGAGUCAAUACCUGGACGAUAAGACCAUCUUUCAUCUGAACCCGUCGGGUCGGUUCGUCAUCGGCGGGCCACACGGAGACGCGGGGCUUACCGGGAGGAAGAUCAUCAUUGACACUUACGGCGGGUGGGGGGCACACGGAGGAGGCGCGUUUUCGGGGAAGGAUCCGACUAAGGUAGAUAGGAGCGGGGCUUAUAUUGUUAGGCAAGCUGCGAAAAGUAUAGUGGCUUCGGGCUUGGCCCGUCGUUGUAUCGUGCAGGUUUCUUAUGCAAUUGGUGUGCCUGAGCCGUUGUCUGUGUUUGUUGAUACUUAUAAGACAGGGAAGAUUUCGGAUAAAGAUAUUUUGGUUUUGAUUAAGGAAAGUUUCGACUUUAGACCGGGGAUGAUUGCGAUGAAUCUUGACCUGAAACGGGGAGGUAAGUUAAGGUAUCAGAAGACGGCUGCUUAUGGACAUUUUGGUCGCGAUGAUCCCGAUUUCACUUGGGAGGUUGUCAAGACACUUAAGCCUAAAGCUUAAAGGAAUUGACAAUGAAAAAACAAUAAGCUUAUAUUUGUGUUAUUUAUUGUUUUUUUAGAAUUAUGUUAUCGGACUCUUUUAUCUUCUCAUUUGGGAUUAUUUAUCAUAUGAUUAUUUCAAUGAAAUCAAAUCCAUGAAUUUUUGUUUU